AUGGCCCAAACGCGCAGCAUUGUCGUCACAGGAGGAGCAUCCGGGAUUGGAUUGGGAAUCACCAAGCACUUCAUCCAAGACACAAGCGCGAACACAACCACGCACGUAACCAUCCUAGACAUCAACCCCACGACCGGGGCGCAGACACUCGAACAGCUACGCGCCGAGUUCCCAUCCGCGAGCGUCUCAUUCGAAGAAUGUGACGUUUCGUCAUGGGAGAGUCAAGCAGCUGUAUUCGAGAAGAUUUUCCACCAGCAGGGCCGUAUCGAUAUGGUAUUUGCCAAUGCCGGGAUCACAGAACGAGGAAGUCUAUUGCCGAGUAAGGAUGGAAAGGGGCCCGUGAAGCCGAAUCUAGGAACGCUUAAUGUGAACCUUGUUGGAACGAUAUAUUGUGAGACACCCCUCAUACUACAAACUACUCUUCAAAUCAAAGCAGACACCUCAAGGAAUAGGUCGCUAACAAUCAAUGCAGCCGUGCAACUUGCCACCCACUAUAUGGCUCUGAACAAGUCCAGCGAGGGAUCACCAAGCUCGAAGGGAAUGAUCUGCUGCACUGCGUCGAACGCGGGGCUAUACCCAUUCCCCAUGGCGCCUAUGUAUGCGGCGACGAAGCAUGGUGUUGUUGGGUUAGUGCGUUCUUUAGCGCGCACGUUGACUAUCGAGGGGAUUCGCAUCAAUGCGUUGGCUCCUGCUGUUAUUGAAACGAAUAUUGCUCCUAGCUCGGAUUUGUUCAAGUCCAUGAUUAUUACCCCUAUGUCCACUGUUGCUAAGGCUGUGGCACAGUUCGCGGAGGAUGAAAGGUUGACAGGACAGGUUGCGGAGUUGCAUGGCGAGAAUGUUACCUUGGCGCAGCCACAGCUAUAUGUGGAUGAGGAUACGGAAAAGAAUAUUGAGAAUUUUUGGAAUCUUGGAUAUGCUUAA